UCGCGCGAAAGACGGCAGUGCGCGGUCUAUGCUCGUCUGCGGAACGGCCCCCGUGGCCGCGAAGAGCUAGCGGAGAACCAGCAAGGCCGCCCUUUGUGUUGCCGCUAUCGCCGCAGCAGGGAAGCCGCGGUGACCGCACCACCGAAACUCUAGAAGCAAGCCCGAAGAGAGAGAGAACGCUCGACGGUCGUCGCGAUAAGGCCACUCGCGCUCCGCAACUCCGCGAGACGCGCGGAAGCUCCGAAUACAAUUGGAGGAUGCUACGAAGCGCCAGCGCUGCGGCUUCCUCGUCGCUCCGGGCCUGCACCGCGCUCGCCGCGCGAAACCUCUCCUCGUCAGCAGCCGAACCUCCCGAGCCCUGCAUCGUCUCGCACACGUUCCCGGGUCCCAAAUCGGACGCGCUCAAACGCGAACUCGACUCCAUCCAGAAUGCGGGCGCCGUUCAGCUCUUCGUCGACUACACCAAGUCGACGGGCAACUACAUGGUGGACGUGGACGGCAACGCCUUCCUCGACGUCUACACGCAGAUCUCGUCGCUGCCGCUGGGCUACAACCACCCGGCCAUGGUGGCCGCGGUCAGCGACCCCCGAAACGUUGCCACGUUCGUGAACCGGCCCGCGAUGGGCGUCCUGCCGCCCGCCGAUCUGGUGUCGCGGCUGAAAAACGCGCUCCUCUCCGUCGCCCCCGCGGGCCUCACGGAGGUGCAGACCAUGGCGUGCGGGUCGUGUUCCAACGAGAACGCGUACAAGGCGGUCUUCAUCAGCCACAUUGCCCAGAAGCGCGGCGGAAAGCCGCCCACGGCCGAUGAACUGCAAUCUUGCAAGUACAACUUGCCUCCCGGCAGUCCGCGCCUCUCUCUGCUGUCCUUCGACGGGGCGUUCCACGGCCGCACUUUCGGCGCGCUCAGCACCACUCAUUCCAAGGCCAUACACAAGUUGGACGUGCCAUCAUUCGAAUGGCCCAUCGCGCACUUCCCGGAGUACAAGUACCCGCUCGAAGAGUUCCAGUCUGAGAACAAGAAGGAGGACGAGAAGAGCCUAGCCCAUGUCGAAGAACUCUUUCACGAGUACCGCAAGAAGGGAGCUCCUGUAGCCGGUCUGGUCGUGGAGCCCAUUCAGGCCGAAGGAGGAGAUCGACAUGCUUCGGACGACUACUUUCGAAGGCUUCGGGCUCUCGCAGCCAAGAACAACGUUUUCUUCAUCUGUGAUGAAGUACAGACGGGCUGCGGACCCACUGGAAAGUUCUGGGCACACCAGCACUGGGGUCUCGACGACUCUCCAGAUGUGGUGACCUUUAGCAAAAAAAUGCUGACUGGUGGAUACUUCUACAAGUCGCAAGUCCGUCCCAAAGAGUCAUACCGCAUCUUCAACACUUGGGUCGGCGACCCGACCAAACUGCUGCUCAUUGAAGAGGUCCUCAAGGUCGUCAAUACCGAGAAGCUUCUUGAUAAUGUUAGAGAGACGGGCGAGUACUUGCAGAAGGGCCUCAAAGAGGUCAGCAAGCGACAUCCCAACACAUUCUUUAACGUCCGUGGACGGGGAACCUUCUGCGCUGUCGACUUGCCCUCGGAAAAGGACAGAAACAAGUUCAUUACAGAGAUGCAUCUCAAGGGAAUCCACUGCGGCGGCUGCGGAGAGCGUAGCUUCCGCAUCAGGCCUGCCCUCACUUUCCAGAGGAAGCAUGCGGACAUACUGCUAGAUCGCAUCGAGAAAGUGCUUUGCCAGAAAUUUUGAGUUCUUGUUGCUGCAGUUGAUAUAUGUAUUGCAAGAAAUGUGUGAUGACACACGAGCUAUUGUAAUGAACUUGCUCCGUGACACAAGAAUGUGUUGUGGAGAACAUAGCACAACUAAUUUUGCUGCAUUAUUGUCAAACUACUAGUGUAUAAUGGUGAAUUCGCAGAUUCCCAAACAUUUAACACAAGGACCAAUGAAUAGUGUGCGAAAUGUAAUUUCCACAAUUACUCUUGAAAUAUCUCACUGAAUGAUCUCCAUAAUGUCAUAAUUCCAUUUUUAAGUGGCUUGUUGAAAUUUUAUGCGUAGUGACCCUUAUGGAUGUUGUUACCCUAAGUAUGCUAAUGAAGAAAUUUCUAAUGCACAAAUAUCAAUUGUUGUCAAGGCUUUUACAUAUACUUUGUUUAAAUGUGCUACGUUAAUAUAUAUAUGUGCCCAUAACAAUUUUAGAAAAUGAUAUUCCCAUUUAGGUGCUACUUGAAGAAAUACAUACGGAGUAUGCUUAUGGUAUCAUAAUUUCUAGUGGCCACUUACUGCAAGACUUUGCCACAAUUACUCUCUCACAGGCAGGAGAAAGUUGUUUUGUUGCAAUGAUGCCAGAGCUAGAAUUUAUUUACACCUCUCCAUAGGUUUCGAAGAAUAUUUUUACCAUGUUACUUUUAUACGCUUUACAACUGUCGACGCAUUUCAGGAUUUCUUUCCUCCUUUGGGCAAAUUGUGAUUUUUUGGAGUCUAGGCAGUCUUCUCUGCAAGUGCCUACUGGUUAAAAUGAUAAUGGAUAUGAGAUUGCGAAACAUGUAGGUCUGUUAUUUUCUUACCAGUUGAGUUUUUCUUGAGCAAUAGGUCCUCGAAGAUUUGUCGAAGAAGCAGGCCUAAGAUCUGUGUGAAGAUAUAAAUAAGUUUGUACCUACAGUGAUAUCUGCCGCUGCCCCUCGUAUGAGCAUAAUUUUUUAGAUUGUGAAUUUUUGGGUCUAGGCAUGUCUUGUUCAAACUUUUGUGUGCAGGGUGACCUAAAGGUAACAGAAAUACGCUAUGGCAGGAUGAUGUUUUCAUGAGAUUGAUCACAAAAACAAAUUUCUUUUUUUUAACAUUGGGAA